AUGUCAGGCUUCUCUGACGAUCUUUCAAAUGAUGACCCCGUAAUAGUAUGUGAUAAUGGUUCUUAUUCACUGAAAGUAGGUUAUGCAGGUGAACAUUCACCUCAAUUAAUAAUCCCAACUAAGCAUGGAAAACAACGGAAAGAAAUUGUCAAGCUAGGAGAUUCGCAAAGGACCAUGUAUGGUGGUCAGUUUGCUAAAGAUAACCAAGGUGUUUUGAGUAUAAGUGAUCCAAUAAAAAAUUGCAUCAUUACUGAUUGGGAUGCUAUGGAAGAUGUUUGGUUCCAUAUGUACUACGAACAAUUGUUGAUAUCACCAGAAAAUUAUGCGAUUUUACACACAGAACCAUCUCACAAUCCAAUUCCUUGUCGUGAUAAACUUUUCGAGAUCAUGUUUGAAGUGUUUAAUGUGCCCAAAGUGUUGUUGAUGAACAAGUCAACACUUUGUCUAUAUAGUUGUGGUGAGACCACUGGCCUGGUGGUCGAUUCUGGGUACCAAAGUACACAAGUCGUUCCCAUUUACGAAGGAUAUCCGAUUCCAUCAGCUAUGCGAAAUAUGCCAGUUGGUGGAUGGCACUUAACUCAAUUUCUGAAGCAGAUGAUUAAUGAUCGAGGUUAUAGCUUGACCACUACGAGAGACUGGGAAAGGAUUAAACACAUGAAAGAAACAUUUUGCUAUUGUGCUAUGGACUUUCAAAAAGAACUAGCAACGUUUGGUAAGGACAAGGAACAGAGAUACACGCUGCCGGAUGGAAUGAUAGUCAACAUCAAUAAUGAAGCGUUAGUAUUUUAUUAUGGGCUUAAAAUUAAAAUUAAAAAGUUCGGCAAGUGGGUACUACUCUACUAUACAGUCGGUGUUCAGUGA